GUUUGCUGGGACUGCAUUCGGAAUUACAAACGCUGGUGGUGUUAUCGCUGGUAUAAUUGCAUCCAUGACAGCUGGUUUUCUUACACCAAAUGGUUCACAAGAAGAAUGGCAAAACGUGUUCUAUUUAGCAGCUGGGAUUAAUAUCAUAGGUGCCAUUGCUUUCUUAACCUGCUCUGACGUAUACCUACAACCAUGGGCUAGAGGCAAUCAAGAUAUAAUUACAAUAGAAGUUGACGAAGGUAAAGAAUCACAAAAUAUCAAGAAAUUGGACGGGAAAAUUGUUGAAAGGAAAUCAGACAAAUUUGGAGAUUCGGAAGAAGUUACAGCAUUGACAAGCUACAUGUGACAAAAUCGAAGGAACAUGAAACACAAAAAUGAAGACACAUAUUAACUCAAAUCAAGACAAGGAAGAACAAAAUGAAUGUUUAAGUUUCGUUGUUUAUUUGGUUAUUUUAAGCCCAUUUACAACACUAAUUAGGUCAUGGUUGCAAAUAAAACCUUGAUGUCAAAUUAUUAAAGCUACUUACAACUACACUUUAUCUUCUUUCUUUUGUUGGUAUAUUGUUUAUGAUUGUAAAUAUUUGACUUCUCUAUUGACUUAGGGUUUAUUCAGGUUUGAGUGUCCCGUAAAAAAGGUAAUUGCACUAUUUUGUUAUUUUCCAGUGA